CCGGGUCCCUGAGUCCCCGGCGUGGUCCGGACCUGGGGCGGCUGCAGGAAUUCCCGGGCUGGAGACUGCAGGGACGCAGACCGAGAGAGGAGUUGAUUGACAGAUGCUUGCCAGAAACCCCCAUUCUCCUUUUCAAAGACAAUAUAUGAUGGAUUGCGAUCUCCCAGCGCAGCGGGACACGGGGACCAUGCAAGCUGUAAUUGGUCAGGAUCCAAUGAUAGCUGGACAAGUCAGUAAGCCCUUGCUGUCAGCGCAGAGUGAAAUGAAUGCGGAGUUGAGAGGUGAAGACAAGGCUGCUACUUCAGACAGCGAGCUGAAUGAGUCCCUGCUUGCGCCUGUGGAAUCAAAUGACAACGAGGACACUCCCAGCAAGCUCUUCGGGGCCAGAGGCAACGCAACACUGUCAGAUCCAGGCUCUCCUGAGCAACACCCAGCCAGUCAGACCCACCCUCCAUUUCCGGUUGGGCCGCAGCCACUUCUGACGGCCCAGCAGCUAGCCUCUGCUGUGGCUGGUGUGAUGCCUGGAGGCCCCCCAGCCCUCAACCAGCCCAUCCUUAUACCCUUCAACAUGGCCGGACAGCUCGGGGGCCAGCAGGGACUGGUCCUCACACUGCCCACGGCAAAUCUUACCAACAUCCAAGGACUGGUAGCAGCAGCUGCAGCUGGAGGCAUUAUGACUCUGCCAUUGCAAAAUCUACAAGCUACCUCAUCCCUGAACUCCCAACUGCAACAGCUGCAGCAGCUCCAACAACUCCAGCAGCAACAGCAGCAGCAACAUCAGCAGCAGCAGCAGCAACAGCAACAGCAGCAGCAACAGCAGCCGCCCCCUGCACCACCGACCAACCAGCAGCCCCAGCAGUCCCAGCCCACCCCACAGGCCCCCCAACCACUACCCACCUCCCAGCCUUCAGCAGCUCCUGCACCCCAGCUGCUACAGGCCCCGCAGCCUCAGCAGCAGCACCAGCCCCACUCUCACCCCCAGAACCAGAGCCAGUCAUCGCCAACCCAACAGAGCUCCAGCCCCCCUCAGAAACCCAGCCAGUCUCCAGGCCAUGGCCUUCCAUCUCCGCUCACGCCUCCCACCCCUCUGCAGCUGGUUAAUAAUCCUCUAGCAAGUCAGGCCGCAGCGGCUGCAGCCAUGGGCUCCCUAGCAAGCUCACAGGCCUUUGGCAAUGCCCUCUCCAGCCUUCAGGGGGUCACGGGUCAACUAGUUACUAAUGCACAAGGACAGAUUAUUGGGACCAUUCCACUGAUGCCUAAUCCAGGGCCUUCAAGCCAAGCAACAAGCGGCACUCAGGGCCUUCAAGUGCAGCCUAUCACCCCCCAGCUCCUGACAAAUGCCCAGGGCCAGAUCAUCGCCACCGUCAUCGGGAACCAGAUCCUGCCUGUGAUCAACACCCAGGGCAUCACACUCUCCCCCAUCAAGCCAGGCCAGCAGCUCCACCAACCCUCCCAGACGUCAGUGGGUCAAGGAGCCUCCCAAGGGACCCUUCUGCACCUGGCUCACAGCCAAGCAUCCAUGUCUCAAAGUCCCGUCCGACAGCCUUCCUCCUCUUCCUCCUCAUCCUCCUCUUCUUCAGCUUUGAGCGUGGGCCAGUUAGUCAGCAAUCCUCAAACUGCAGCGGGUGAGGUGGAUGGGGUUAAUCUGGAGGAGAUCCGAGAAUUUGCCAAAGCUUUUAAAAUCCGGCGCCUGUCCCUUGGCCUGACCCAGACUCAGGUGGGACAAGCUCUCAGUGCCACAGAGGGCCCCGCAUACAGCCAGUCGGCCAUCUGCAGACACACCAUCCUGAGAAGCCACUUUUUCCUACCACAGGAAGCCCAAGAGAACACUAUAGCUAGCAGUCUCACAGCCAAACUGAACCCUGGCCUUUUGUAUCCUGCCAGGUUUGAAAAGCUGGACAUCACCCCUAAAAGUGCCCAGAAGAUCAAGCCGGUGCUUGAGCGGUGGAUGGCUGAGGCUGAGGCCCGCCAUCGAGCCGGGAUGCAGAACCUCACCGAGUUUAUUGGGAGUGAACCGUCCAAAAAGCGCAAGCGGCGCACCUCCUUCACACCCCAGGCCCUUGAGAUCCUCAAUGCCCACUUUGAGAAGAACACACACCCCUCUGGGCAGGAAAUGACCGAAAUUGCUGAGAAGCUGAACUAUGACCGGGAAGUAGUUAGAGUUUGGUUCUGCAAUAAGAGGCAAGCCCUGAAGAAUACAAUCAAACGCUUAAAACAGCACGAGCCAGCCACCGCAGUCCCGCUAGAGCCCUUAACAGACUCUCUGGAAGAAAACUCCUAAAGAGAGGCCCAUGCAUAUCAGAAGUGAAAUCCACAGAAACGAAAUUCCACCCUCGGGGACUCCGCCCAAACAGAAAGAAAGAAAAAGGAAAGAAAAUUAAAUUUAAAAACACCCCCAGUGAUCAUCACCCUUGUAUGUAAAAGACUAAGCAAAACACCAAAUGGACAGAACGGUUUCUACAUGUCCGUUGGUUUUCCAACAAGAAAAAAAAAAAAUACAAGAAAUUUUUUGGGAAAUUUUUAAACAAGGAAUACACCCCGCAGAAGGUGCGCGUGGUAGGAUAGUUCCCUCCCCACACCUGUCUCCCCAAAGCCAGUUUUUUUAAAAGAAAACCAAAUAACCACAUACUUUUUUCUGUAUAUUAUGAAAAUGUGAACA